AUGGCACCUAGAAAAUCUUCUCCCUCGCCUCAAAUCACCUUCCAGGCGGCUCCGGGCCAGAAACCUCCUACGCCGGAGGAGAUCAAAGAGAUGCAGCGACAACUCGAAGCUGAUGCCGCUAAAAAUGGAAUGACCGUACCUGAGUUCAUCGAAAUGAUCAAGGCUCAGGUCAAGGCGCAGAAGCAGAAUAAGACGUCUCAAUCUCCCGGGGAAGAUGACGAUGAAUUGCUAAGUCAACCCAUCAAGCCCGGACCGCCCACGCCCGCCGCCCUCGCCGUCGCCAAUUUUCUCAAGGGCCAGGACUUGAAGGUGCGCACCUGUAUCCUGGAUGGCCAGCGAAAGGAUAUGUUUAAAGGCAGGCCGCCGGCUUACAGAGCUCUACGAGCGCUACAAUCGCCCGCCUAUGAGAGUGCGCGCAAAAAGAACCCCGUCCUACCGGAAAUCACCGACCGGCCGUCCCUCGAGAAUGCCUUCAAACUACUACCAAUGUCUCUCCUCGCCCUGCGCGUGAGUAAGGUAGACCCAAAUAAAAGCAAGGACGGCCUGCCCACCCCUUCCAAGAAGAAGAGAAUCAAGGGUCUUUGGACCGUCGAGAUUGAACAGCAUCAAGAAUGUCGCGAAGAAUUACAUUUUGUCUGGCUCUUCGAGGGCUCGCAACUCAAACAGAAAUUAUACGCAGCUGGCGCGCUAGCCAUAGUCUUCACUAUCGUAAUGUUUCCGCUGUGGCCCAUUCAACUUCGUAUAGGAGUGUGGUAUUUGAGCUUGGGAAUGAUGGGACUACUUUGUCUCUUUUUCCUCAUGGCCAUCUUCCGGCUGAUUCUCUUCGUCAUCACCAUGUUCACCCAUCCACCCGGGCUCUGGCUUUACCCCAACCUCUUUGAGGAUGUAGGAUUCAUGGAUAGUUUCCGGCCGGUGUGGGGCUGGCAAAAGACGAAGAAAGGGAAGAAGAAGGCCAAGGCGACUGGCUCUUCCAAUGCUGGUGCGACCAUGGCAGCCAUGACGGGACAGCCGCCGCCUGCCAGUGCGACAACCUCCUCGACUGCGCCUCAGAUCGAUGUAUCUAAGUCACCUCAGAGACGAUUAACACCCAAGGUCGAGGACGCUAUAGAUGAAGAAUAA